CUUUUUCGUUGUAGGAAUCUCAAUAUUUGAGCAUUUGCCAAAAGCUAAAGAAUACUCUUUAACCGCAUUCUUCUUUAUAGGUACAAGUUAUUGCCUUUUUUCCCUUUAAGAGCCUGAGCAUAAUUUCCAUAAACGGGGCACAUUGAGUAUGAUGACGAUAUAAAAAAGUGGUACCCACACAAGAACAAUCAUCUGGAAAACACCCUGUACCAGUCAGUAAACACCACAAUCACUACCCCAUAACCUCACUAUAUAUAUACACUCUAUCCCACUCAUCACAUGCUCUAACCUCCCCACUUUUAUUUCCGACCCGUCUUUUCAUCUCACCCACAUAUUCUUUUCACAAUGCGGGUUUCAACGGUGUUGAUAUCUUCACUCCUCCUCAUCUCCCUCCUUAUACCCGCCACGACCGCCUUUAACAUCACCCGAAUCCUUAAAAAACGACCCGAAUUCUCUAAAUUCAAUGAAUACCUCACAAAAACCCAUCUUGCAAAUGAAAUCAAUCGUCGGAAUACAAUUACAGUUUUAGCCCUUGAUAACUCUGCAAUGUCUUCAUUGCUUGCUAGAGGUUUCUCUCUCUACACUCUACGUAAUGUUCUCUCACUACAUGUUCUUACUGAUUACUAUAGUGCUAAGAAGCUCCACCAGAUCACUGAUGGUACAACAGUGACAGCCUCAUUGUUCCAAUCAUCAGGAGAUGCAGAUGGGAACUCAGGAUAUGUGAACAUAACAGACUUACACAAGGGUAAAGUCGGUUUCGGGCCAGUUGAUUCGGGUGAUUUAAAUUCGUACUUUGUAAAAUCAGUAUUAGAAAUGCCAUACAAAAUAUCAGUGAUUCAAAUAAGUCAUGUACUUGAUUCUGAAACUGCUGAAGCUCCAACGGCUGAACCUACUAAAAUUAAUGUUACGUCUGUCUUAGCUGAUAGAGGUUGCAAAGAAUUUUCUCACUUGCUUGUUUCUACUGGUGCUGAUAAAACUUACCAAGAAAAUACAGAAAGUGGGUUAACGGUGUUUUGCCCAAGUGACGGCGCCGUCAAAGCAUUUAUGCCAAAAUUCAAAAAAUUAACAGACGCUAACAAGACGUCGUUAAUCUUAUAUCACGCCGUUGCCAUUUACAACUCAUUAGGUUCACUCAAAUCCAAUAACGGAAUCAUAAACACAUUAGCAACCGAAGGUUCUAAGAAGAAAUACGAAUUUACCGUCCAAAAUGACGGCGAAACCGUCACGAUAAAAACAAAAGUCGUAACGGCAGAAAUAACGGGAACGUUAGUUGACCAAGAUCCAUUUUCAGCUUUCAAGCUAGACAAAUUUUUACAGCCGCCAGAACUGUUUAAGCCGUCAGCUGAAGCCGAUGAUGAGCCGGCUUCGGCUCCUGAUGCGGACGCGCCAAGCCCUGAAGCCGAUGGACCGGCUUCUGAUUACGAUGAUGAUGUAGCUGAUGAUACAGCUGAACAUAAAAAGAAAAAGAAAAAUGCGGCAGGGAAAAUCAACGGUGGAGGACUAUUAGGAUUUGGGGUUGUAUUGUGUUAUUGUAUGCUGGCGGUGUUGUAGAUUAAAUCUCAUAAAAAAUCAACGGUGUGAUGUGAUGGAGAUAUAAAUCAGUGGGUAUUAGCUGUACAUUCUUGUUUUGGUGUGAUCACCGACAAAUAUUGAUUGGAUUAUUGUCACAUGAUGAGAUGGUGGGAAUUUUUAUUUAUUUUUUAUUUAUUUUUUGAUUUUUUUUUUAUUUUUGUGUGUGAACAUUAAUAAUUGGUCCACACUUCACAUGAAGGUUAUGAUUUUUGAAUUAUUUUUUUAUAAUAAUGUAUGAUAUUGAUUUUUUUUUGUUGGAGUGUUGUAUGAAUAUUGAAUAGAUACUUUUUUUUACUCAAUAAAGGGUAAUAAUUUAUGUGG